AUGGUGGAGGCUGACAAGGAUGCAAUUGUCUCAACCACGGUUCCCGACAAGGGGAUCACUGUGGUAUCUACCUCUCUACGAAGUACCGACAGCAGUGAUAUAGAGAAGAAACAACAUCCUGUCGACCUUGCACCUCUGCGAAACGAGAUCCCACCCCCUACGCUUUCACUCCUAUGGCGACGCAGCCCGAAAGUUGAUCCAAAUGCCAUCGCAACGCAACCAUCUGUGUUUGACGACCCAGAGACGGCAAAGCAUUUCCAGCCACUGCCGACCUAUGAGAACAUUCAUCGCUUUGAUCCCAACGAGCGAUGGACGUGGGCGGAAGAGAAGAAAGUUCUGAGGAAGAUCGAGUGGCGCAUCGCUGCGUGGGCUGCAAUCGCUUUCUUCGCGCUUGAUCUGGAUCGAAGCAACAUCCAACAAGCAAACACUGACAACUUCCUCGAAGACCUUGGCUUGAAUACCAACGACUAUAACUUUGGCAAUACCGUGGCGAAGCUCUCUUUCUUGUUGGCAGAGCUCCCUUCGCAGCUCAUCAGCAAGAAGAUUGGCCCCGACCGAUGGAUCCCCGCCCAAAUGAUUCUUUGGAGCAUCGUCGCCUCCGCACAGUUCUGGCUCAAUGGAAGAAGUAGCUUUCUCGCUUGCCGUGCCCUUAUUGGACUUCUUCAGGGCGGUUUCAUCCCGGAUGUCAUCUUGUAUAUGUCCUACUUCUACAAAAGCACCGAGUUGCCAUUCCGUCUGGCAAUUUUCUGGAUGGCCAAUCGACUCACGGAUGUCAUUGCGCCUCUUCUGGCUUACGGCCUGCUUCGUUUAAGAGGCUAUCACGGCUACGAAGGCUGGCGGUGGCUCUUCCUUAUUGAAGGUCUACUGACACUUGUGAUUGGGAUAUGGUCGAUUUUCAUGAUGGCUCCAUCGCCCACUCAGACAAAGGCCUGGUGGCGCCCGAACGGUUGGUUCACGGAACGCGAAGAGAAGAUCAUGGUGAAUCGCAUUCUUCGCGAUGACCCAAGCAAGGGCGACAUGCACAAUCGACAAGCCAUCACCGUCAAGCUGCUCUGGAAGAGUAUCAUCGACUUUGAUCUCUGGCCCAUAUAUGCGAUCGGUCUUACCUUUGGAAUCCCUGCUGGCCCGCCGGAUCAGUAUCUCACAUUGACGUUGCGGCAACUGGGGUUCGACACAUUCAAUUCGAAUCUGUUGAGUAUCCCGGCGCAGAUAGGCACAACCGUCAAUAUGUUAAUCAUGACAUGGAUAUCCGAGAGGAUUAAUCAACGCUCGUAUCUAGGCAUAUUUGUCCAAAUGUGGUUCCUGCCCUGCGUCAUCGCAAUGGCCACGGUUCCAGAUGGCGUAUCCAGAUGGGCCCGAUUCGCCAUCGUCACAGUGCUGCUCUCCUAUCCCACGCCGCACCCCAUGCAGGUCGGAUGGUGUAGUCGCAAUUCGAACACGGUGCGCACGAGGACCGUGAGUGCGGCGCUGUACAAUAUGGCUGUCCAGAUACAAGCUAUCAUCUUCUCUAACAUCUACCGGAACGAUGACAAGCCACUUUAUCGACGGGGCAAUCGUGUUCUGGUUGGAAUAUGCAUUCUUAAUCUUUUCCUGUACGGCUUCGCUAAAGUGUACUACGUCUGGCGCAACAAGCAGAGAGACAAGAUUUGGGAUAAUAUGACGGCUGAGGAGAGGUUGACCUAUUUGGAGACGACGACUGACGAAGGGAGCAAGAGGUUGGAUUUCAGAUUUGCACAUUAA